AUCAAAACUGCUAAAAGCUACAGUAGAAGUCAAUAUUAUUUAGCAUUUGGCUAAGCUGUCAAUCGGUGUUAGCUAGCAAUGACACAUGAUCUGUAAGAGUUUAAGAGUCUGUUUUGUGAAGGAAUCAACUCUGCGGUUCAGUAGAAGCAGGACAGGAAGAAGACCCUUCACCUACUGAUUAAACACGCAUGUACAAAAACACACACUCUCAAGAGAAGAGACCACACCAGGUUUCAGUUUGACGCUGAAGAUGAGCUGAGAAGAAGUCACAGUUGUGAGAUGGCAGACGUUGUUAACUUAUUGCACACUUCUCACAAACCUCUUGAAGAAAAUGUAUCACAUGUUUGCUUUGUUCUGCUUGGGCUGGUGGCAUCUGAUUGGUGCGUUUGGUGAGUCUGUGUCGGAGGGAGAUUCUGUGACUCUAAACUCUGGAGCUACUGAACUACAUGAAGAUGAUGAUAUACUGUGGAAAUUUGGAGCUGAACGGUUUCAAAUAGCUAAAAUGAAGAAAAGGAUUCGAAAUGUUUCCACAUAUGACGGUCCUGAUGGGAGAUUCAGAGACAGACUGAAGCUGGACGAUCAAACUGGAUCUCUGACCAUCAUGAACAUCUCAACUCAACACGCUGGAGAUUAUCAGCUAGAGAUAGCCGGAGCGAAAAAAUCAUCAAAAACAUUCAGUGUUUCUGUCUAUGCUCGUCUGCCUGUUCCUGUCAUCAGCAGUAACUCUUCAAACUGUUCUUCAUCUUCAUCAUCUUGUUCAUUGUUGUGUUCGGUGGUGAACGUGGGUCAUGUGACUCUCUCCUGGUACAAAGGAAACAGUUUAUUGUCCAGCAUCAGUGUGUCUGAUCUCAGCAUCAGUCUCUCUCUACCUCUGGAGGUGGAAUAUCAGGAUAAAAACACCUACAGCUGUGUGAUCAACAACCCCAUCAGAAACCAGACCACACAUCUGGACAUCAGUCAGCUCUGUCUCACGUGUUCAGACUCUGUUUAUCUGAAAGCACUGAUUUCUGCUGCUGCUGGAUCUCUGUUGAUCGUAGCUGUGGUUGUGAUCUUCUGCAUCUGCAGGAAAUGUCAGACAAAAAGGACAGAGAGGACUCAUACUGUACGAUUUAAAUCAACAUCCGAAAAAAAGAAAUCAAUAGAUGGGCAUGUGUAUGGAAAUUUUGUCCCAAAGCGAUGAUCAACUCUGUAAUAAAAUAAAUGUUACAGCUCCUGACCCAUGUCCUGACUCUCAUAGCUCUUUAGGUUACAUUUUGUUUUCUGUCAGGAUGUUUCUUUCUGUAUUUCUUUCUUUUUCCCAUACGCUCUCAUUGGCAGCUUCUUAUUUUAAGAUUUUGCUGCUGUUUAAUCCGUGAUCCACAAAUUGAAUAGCAUUCAGAAAUUCAACUAAAUGAUCCAUUAGCUUAACCUGCAUGGAACUUUAGCCACCUUUACUGGUCUCUGUUAAUGACUGUCAUGUGAUUUUGAUGGAAAAUGUUGUAUGUCAUAACUGUUUUGAAAUACUGCUUGAAUGAUCUUUGAUAAACUGUGUGUGUGUGUGUGUGUGUGUGUGUGUAU